AUGUCGUCCACCGGUUCCGUCAAGGUCGACGCCGUCGUCGAGAAGGCCAAGGCCGCCGCUCCCAACACCCCCACGGGCAUCGACCUGUACUCGCGCUUUGCCCUCUCCGGUGCCAUCUGCUGCUCUCUCACCCACGGUGGUCUGACCCCCGUUGAUGUCGUGAAGACCCGCAUCCAGCUUGACCCCAAGACCUACAACCGCGGUCUGAUCGGUGGCUUCCGCCAGGUUGUCCAGAACGAGGGUGCCGGUGCUCUCCUCACGGGUGUCGGCCCUACCUUUGCCGGCUACUUCCUCCAGGGUGCCUUCAAGUUCGGAGGAUACGAGUUCUUCAAGCAGCAGUGGAUCAACAACAUUGGCUACGAGUCCGCCUCCAAGAACCGCACCGCCGUCUACCUCGCCUCCUCCGCCUCGGCCGAGUUCUUCGCCUCCAUCGCCCUGUGCCCCCUCGAGGCCACCCGUAUCCGCCUCGUCUCCCAGCCCACCUUUGCCUCCGGCCUCAUCUCUGGCUUUGGCAAGAUCCUCAAGAACGAUGGCAUCGGUGCUUUCUACGCUGGUUUCGGUCCCAUCCUCUUCAAGCAGAUCCCCUACACCAUGACCAAGUUCGUUGUCUACGAGAAGGCCGCCGAGGCCAUCUUCAGCGUCUGGGACAAGAACUCCCUCUCCAACGGCAUGCAGACCGUCGCCAACCUCGGUGCCGGUCUCAUGGCCGGUUUCGCCGCCGCCAUUGUCUCCCAGCCCGCCGAUACCAUGCUGUCCAAGAUCAACAAGACCAAGGGUGAGCCCGGCCAGGGCACCAUCUCCCGCCUCGCCGUCAUCGCCAAGGAGCUCGGCAUCCGUGGUUCCUUCAGCGGUCUCCCUGCCCGUCUCUUCAUGGUCGGCACCCUGACCGCCGGUCAGUUCGCCAUCUACGGUGACUUCAAGAAGCUCCUCAACGCCACUGGUGGUGUCGAGAUUGCCAAGUAA